UCGAAAGUAGUAUGAAGUAUAGAAUAAUGUUAAAAAUUCACCACUACGGCCUCCAUGCAUGACAAUAGAAGUGAUUGUAUACCUACACAGAUGAUAAUCUAUGUAAUUCAUAGAUGAUUAUCGUUUGUGCUGAUGGGUGGAGGUGAAUAGGUAUGAAUAAAAUGCAAUGUUCAAAAGAAACCAUUGCUAGUUUGUUCUACAACGCCUCAUCCUCCUUUCAACUUCUCCUCCUCUUCUCCUACCUCACCUCCAUUUUUCUAGCCAAAAUCCUCUGGUUUUUUGGAGGCAACGUAUUCUUCGACAGGAGCGCGUACGUCGAUGAGCUCAUCGACGAUGCGUCAUCCGACGAAGAAGACGAGAAAGUCGAAGACGAUGGAGUUCUCGGGUAUGAUGAUAAGCUUUGUUGCAUGGAGACAAUGACGACGUGUCCUCAAACGGGGACGAGGGGUGAAGAAAAUGAUAGCACCGAGUUUUCAGAAUUUCAUACAGGGUCAUUCAGCCCUCCAGACAUCCCUAUGCGUUCAAACAUGGAUGUUUCUGGGAGAGCAAACGACACUGUGAGUUUGAAGAUUCCGUGCAACACAGAUGAUAAUUACCACAACGCCCACCAUGUCAUUCAUCACGAUCAUCUGCGUCGUGAUGAUGACGUGGCUCUAUGUGAAGAGAGAGUAAACGGCACUCAUCACGAUCUUCUGCGCCGUGAAGAUGACGUGGGUCUAUGUGAAGAGAGAGUAAACGGCACUGUCAGUUUGAAGAAUCCGUGCAACAUAGAUAAAUAUUACCAUAAUACCCAUCAUCUGCAUCGUGAUGGUGAGGUGGCUCUAUGUGAAGAGAUAGAGAAUAAUCAUGAAGUAAAAAGUGUUGUUAAUGACGACCCAAGUAGGGGCAAUGAUGUCUUUUUUCCAAAGAAUAAAGGAGGUGAAAUAUGUGGGGAGGAAAUCUGCACCGUUGGAUCAACAUCAAAGAGCUCAUCAGAUGAAUGGAGAAGCACAACAAAGGAUUCAUCUUGCACUAGUGAAGACCCAUUUUCGUCAUCUUCCAGAAGAAGUAGUUGCCCCAAGUGGGAGUCUUACACUGUCUUCCAAAAGUAUGAGGAAGAAAUGCUGUUUUUUGAUAGAAUUAGUGCUCAAAAACUCCUUGAAACAGAUUCACUUAGGUCAAAACAGUCAAACAACCCAAGAUCGAUCUCAGAGAGGAUAGUCUACAAGUUCAGGCCACCAAAAAACCAACAACUGUUGGAUUCAUACAAUGAACUGGAGGCAGCCUACGUGGCACAAAUAUGCUUGACAUGGGAAGCUCUCUGCUGGAACUACAGCCAUUUCCGGCGGCGGCAUGUGGAUGGCGGUGGCGGAUGCCCGGCGUACGUGGCGCAACAAUUUCAGCAGUUUCUGGUUCUGCUACAGAGGUUCAUAGAGAAUGAACCAUAUGAGGAAGAUAAUGGGUGUGGAAGGAAGAGGCCUGAGGUUUAUGCCAGGGUGAGAAGGGUGUCCCCAAAGCUGCUACAAGUGCCUCAAUAUAGAGAUUCGGAAGAAGAGGAGAAAAGGGAGGAAGGAUUAUGUUGGAGGAUCCCAUCGGAUUCAUUCAUACAAAUAAUGGAGGAAUCAAUCCGGACAUUCAUGGAUUUCAUGAGAGCAGAUAAGGACAGCCAUUGUGGGAAAAAGAAGAUACUCUCAUCUUUUUUCAAGAAAAGCACACCCCCCUCGUGCCCUCUCGACCCCAUCCUUCUUUUACGCCUCCACAAAGAUAUCAAUAAAAAAAAGAGGAAGCUGAAAGAGAUGAAGAGAUCAGGGAAAUGUGGCAUGAGAAAGAAGAAAUUGAAAGGGGAUGAAGAAAUGGAGAUUGUGAUGGCACAAAUAGACCUCAAAAUGGUGAGCAGAGUUUUGAGGAUGAAAGAUGUGAAUGGAGAGCAAUUGCAUUGGUGUGAAGACAAGAUGAACAAAGUGAGGAUUACUCAUAAUGGGAAGAAACUCCAUAGAGACGAUUCCUCCCCACCUUUCUACCCUGCACACUAACCCAUGCUCUCAUGGAGCAGUCGUGCUACAAACACACCAGGUUUGACACCAAUAGUUUGACACCAAAUGAUUCAUAGACGUAUACAGAGAGAGACAUUGUCCGUGACGCAGAUUAUCCGUGCUUGUCUUUAAAACACUUGGUGUCAAACCAGGUACGUUUCUAGCAUUUAAGCGAAAAGGUUCAAAAAUGACAAUAGCGUAUAAAGAAUAAAGCAAGUUUGUCCUC